CCAUACGUUUCUCUCAACUUCUUCUCCCUGCUAACAGUGUUUUUCUUAUUUGUUUUGGCUAAUCAUAAUGGGAAACAAUGUUUAACCAUAGCACAAAUAAUAUGUAUAUAUAUGCGCUCAAUCUCUCUCUUUUUUUUUUUUUUUUUUCUUUUGCUGAGAUACUAUCUAGAGCUUUUUAGUAGUUUAGUCAUUGAUUUUGUACAUUAUGGCCAUUCACCUAAUAUUGUCCAUCAUACUUUUUGGGCUUACUCUCUGCUUUGAACCCUCAAAUUCUGUUGAAAAUGGAAGCACAGGAUCAAAGAAAAUGGUACCGGUUGGUGUGAUUCUUGACCAGGAUUCUGGGGUUGGGAAGAUGGGAAAAAGCUACAUAGCCAUGGCAGUUUCUGACUUCUAUGCUAGAUAUGCAGAUUACAAGACAAGACUGAACCCUGCUGCAAUGAAGAAUUCUGUGAAGGAUCCUGUUGUUGCAGCAUCAGCAGCUUUAGAAUUGAUGAAGAAUGAAAGAGUACAGAUACUUAUAGGGCCCCAGACAUCAGAAGAAGCAAAAUUCGCGAUAAAUCUUGGAAACAAAGCUCAAAUUCCCAUUAUUUCUAUUUCAGCUCCUAGUCCUUCUCUGUCUCCAAACCAGAACCCAUUUUUCAUUAGGGCAUGUCAAGGUGAUUACUCCCAGAUAAAACCUCUCACAUCCAUUUUUCAAACAUUUGGAUGGAGACAGGCUAUUGUAAUCUAUGAAGAUACAGAAUUCGGCAAUGGUUUGAUUCCAUAUUUAACAGAUUCCUUACAGCAAAUCGAAACUCGGGUCCUUUAUAGAAGCCCCAUUUCUCCAUCUUCCACACGACUGAACAUUUCAAAAGAGCUUGAGAACAUAAAGGCAAUGGACACAAAGGUUAUACUGGUGCACAUGACAGCUUUGCUUGGGUCUCAACUGUUUGUUCUUGCAAAACAUGCAGGGAUGAUUAGUGAAGGGUAUGUUUGGAUCGUCACCACUGAGUUAUCAACUUUGUUGGGCUUGGAUCCAUUGGAGAAGAAAGUUAUUGAUUCAAUGCAUGGUGUUUUGGGUGUGAGAGCCUAUGUGCCCAACACAAAGACUCUUCAAGACUUCAAAACCAGAUGGAACCUCAAAAGGAUAAACCUUUUUGGUUUAUGGGCAUAUGAUACAAUUUGGGCAUUGGCUAAGGCUGUUGAAUUGAUUUCACAUGAGAGUUCAAAUGCGUCAACGCAAAGUGUUAGUAGCAGAAAUAGUACUACUACUGGUAAGGUGUUUGGCCUAAUCGUCUCGGAAUCAGGAAAAGGGCUGCUUCAGAAGUUGCAGUCUACCAGAUUGGAAGGCCUAAGUGGGCAAUUCCGUUUGAUUAGAAGGCAGUUGAAAGUAGAAAAGUAUGAAAUAAUCAACUUCAGGGGAAGCAAAUCAGGUGAAAGUGAAACAGUAAUUGGGUAUUGGAUGCCUAAGAAAGGGAUAUCUGCUGAUUUAGUAGAGAAUGGUAAAGUAGCAAACUCAAGCUCUUUGGAAGAACUAAAGCAGAGGAUCAUUUGGCCUGGAAAUCAUCAUCCACAAGUCCCACCAAAAGGCUGGGUUAUUCCAGCGCCAGGUAAGAAGUUGAGGAUUGGAGUUCCCCAGACAACUGCUGGUUUUAGAGAAUUUCUGAAUAUAAAAUGGGAUCCUGAAACUUUUAAGGUUACCAACAUUUCUGGGUUCUCUUACGAUGUCUUCAUGGCUGCAUUAGACCAACUACCUUUCAAGGUUCCACAUGAGUUUUUUGCAGAUGAGAAUAAUGCUACUUACGAUGAUCUUCUUUACCAGAUUAAACUUCAGUAGUAUGAUGCUGUAGUGGCAGAUACAACAAUUGUUGCAAAUAGAACUACAUAUGUUGAUUUUACAUUACCAUAUACCGAAUCAGGCGUCUCGAUGCUAGUGAAAGUUAAAGUUGAUCAAAGGAAAAAUAUUUGGAUUUUCCUAAAACCGCUGAGAUGGGAUCUUUGGUUAACAUGUGGAGCAGCAUUUUUAUUCACAGGGAUUGUAGUAUGGAUUCUUGAGCAUCAUUCAGACACAGACUUGAGGGAUCCACCAGUGCAACGACUUAGCACAAAUUUUUUGUUCUUCUUUUUAACUCCACUGCUUGUCAAUGGAAAGAAGGUGAAGAACAACUGGACAAAAUUUGUGUUGGUCAUCUGGGUCUUUGUGAUACUCAUCAUUACACAGAGUUACACUGCUAGCUUAGCCACAAUUUUGACAGUUCAAAGGAUGCAGCCAUUAUUUGCUGAUAUUAACGAGCUCAGGAUGAAUAAUUAUGUUGGCUACAGAAAGAAUUCUUAUGUGAGAGAUCUUUUAACAGGACAAUUGAACUUCAAUGAAUCCAGGCUAAAAAGUUAUGUGAGCCUCGAGGAGUUUCACCAGGCGUUGUCUAAAGGAAGUAAAAAUGGUGGAGUUGAUGCUAUCAUCGAUGAAAUCCCCUUCUUUAAGCUCUUUCUUUCUAAGUAUUGCUCUGGAUACACAAUGGCUGGACCAAUCUACAAAUCCGAUGGCUUUGGCUUUGCAUUUCAAAUAGGGUCACCCCUCGUACCUUACAUUUCAAGGGCAAUCCUGAAUGUGACUGAAGAUUACAAGAAAAUGCAAGAAUUGGAAAGAUGUUUCGAUCAUCUAAAUAUCUGCCAAAAUUCAAGUUCCAUAUCCUCUGAAAAUAGUCCUAGUCUUAGUGCGUCGAGUUUUGGCGGCCUCUUCAUCAUCACGGGAGUUGCUUCGUUGUUUCCAUGUUUGAUAUGUUUGGUUAAAUUCCAUAGCAACAAUUUGCCUACAGAAACAAUUUCUCUUCUUUGGUCCAAAAUUAGUCACUUGGUAGGGCGUUUAUUCUAUGGGGAUCUACCUUUGAGAACUCAAUCGUCUAUGAUCUACAGAGAUGAUGAACAUGAAGCUUCAAUACUUAGAAAUACUGGGGACAACCUGCAGAGUCAUUCAACAUUUAUCAGUCAAGGACUAGAGAUGGCAGCCUCUGAUGAAGAAAACGAGUCACAGCAUGUGGAUUCUCAACCAUUUAUUAAUUAAUGUGCUUAAGAAUUUGCUUAAUGUGUAAUUUAUUCUAGAAACCACGAGAAAUUAUUAAAAUUAUUUUUUACAAUGGAUUUCUU